AUGCCCAAGCCUCCCACGAAUGAAGUCACGCAAUUGCUUGAAAAAGUUCAAAGUACAACCAAGGUCUUCCUAGAUUUUGUGAGAAGCCAAGGCCUUCCGGAGCCAUCCUACCAGAAUGGCGAUGGCCUCCACCCCGCUCAGCCACUGCCUCACGAAGUGCAGGAGGCGAGGGAGGGUGCCAUUGAAGCAACUUACGAGCUUCACCACCUCAUGUUAGGUCCGCUGGGGCUACUGUUUAGCUGCCCUGGGGAGCAAUUAAUGUUGCUAAGCCUGCAAUACAUCUAUCGCUACCAAAUCGCCACGCACGUACCCUUGGAUGGAACCACGACUUUUGAAGAGUUAUCCAAGGCCACAGGGUUGGGACAAAAAGAUCUCACCCGCUUCCUCCGCGUAGCAAUCAGCCGCCAUGUCUUCUGCGAGCCCACGAAAGGAACGAUCGCACAUACCGCUGCAUCCAAGCUCCUAAUUAAUAAUCCCAUGGUUGAAGCCUGGAUUCAAAAUAUCGCCCAGGAGUUCUGGCCCGCAUUCACCCGUACAGUCGAAGCAACAGAGAGAUGGCCCGGGUCCGAAGAGCCCAAUGAGACCGGUUACUCCAUCGCCCACGGCACCACCUCCCACCCAUUCGACGAAAUCCGUAAAGACCAACGCCGCCACCAACAAUUCAUCACCGCCAUGCGAUUCUCCCACCUCCACCCAGUGUACCAUCUCUCCCAUCUCCUGAACAACUACAAUUUCAAUCGCACAAGCACCACGACCAACACAACAACAAUCGUCGACGUCGGCGGCUCCAACGGCGAAGUCAGCAUCGAGAUCGCCUCCCAAUACCCCAACGUUCAAUGCAUCGUGCAGGACUUACCCGACACCAUUGCCGGACUGGCCGCCAACGUUCCACCCGCUCUCUCUGAACGAGUGACGGGCAUGCCGCACGACUUCCUAGAGGUGCAGCCCGUGCACGGCGCAGAUGUCUAUCUCCUACGAUGGAUUCUGCACGACUGGUCAGAUAAAUAUGCCAUCCAGAUUCUGCGGAAUUUGACACCUGCGUUGAAGAAGGGUGCGAGGGUCGUGGUUAAUGAUGUUUGUUUACCGGCGCCGGGGCAGGUGGGACCUAUGACGGAGCGGUAUUUUCGAUACAUGGAUAUUUCGAUGAAGGCUUUCAAUAAUGCCCGGGAGCGGGAUGUCGAGACGUGGGAAAGUCUGUUUGUGGAGGCGGACUCGCGGUUCCGGUUCUUGGGGGUUUCGGUGCCGCCGGGGCGAGGAUGGCUAUUAUUGAGGCGGAGUGGAUGGGGGAGUGAUGGUCAUAUUGUAGUGACUUUACGCAGUCUUUAUUUGUAUAUCUUGGGAAUUUAA